AUGGAAUUAGUGGGAUUAUUUAAAGAAUGGGUACCGGAGGAUCAACAGCUUACUAUCAUCUCAAGCUUAAUAACAUGGAGGAACAAAGAAAAUAAGACUCCAAGGUCUCAAUGCUCAGAUAAUUGUUUACCAGGAUAUAGGAAAGUUCCAAGGACUGGGGCACAAGCUUGCUGUUAUGACUGCACUCAGUGUCCAGAUGGAGAGAUAUCCAACACAACUGAUAGUGAAAACUGCAUGAAAUGUUCUGACAAUGAAUGGCCCAAUGAGAAGAAGGAUCAAUGUCUUCCAAAAGUGGAGGAAUUCCUGUCCUAUGAAAAUGAUAUAAUUGCUGUUGUCUUCUCAUGUGCUUCAGUUCUAUUAUUCCUUAAAACAACUUUAAUUUUAGUAAUGUUUAAUUUAUUCAAAGACACAGCAAUUGUAAAAGCCAAUAACAAGAACCUCAGCUUUGUUCUCCUUGUCUCCAUCAUGCUGAGCUUCCUCUGUGUGUUUCUGUUCCUCGGUCGUCCUGUGGAUGUGACCUGCAAGCUGCGUCAAACAUCUUUUGCUGUUAUCUUCUCCAUAGCGAUAUCUUCUGUGUUGGGCAAGACCUUCAUGAUAUACUUUGCUUUUAAAGCCACCAAACCUGGGAGCAACUGGAGAAAAUGGGUCAGUGUCAAAAUGUCCAAUUCUGUAGUCCUGAUUUUGUCCUCAUUUCAAAUUUUAAUUAAUACUUUUUGGUUGGCUAUCACUCCCCCAUACCAAGAUCUGGACACACAUUCUUAUCAAGGAAAGAUCAUUAUACAGUGCAAUGAAGGUUCAGUUAUAGCUUUUUAUUUUGUCCUGGGUUAUAUGGGCCUUCUGGCAGCUGUUAGUUUUAUUGUAGCAUUUUUGGCCAGGACAUUACCAGACAGUUUUAAUGAGGCCAAGUACAUCACCUUCAGCAUGCUGGUGUUCUGCAGUGUUUGGAUUGCAAUGAUCCCGGCCUAUCUGAGCACCAAAGGGAAGAACAUGGUGGCUGUUGAGAUUUUUGCCAUCUUGGCAUCAAGUGUUGGACUUUUAGGAUGUAUAUUUUUCCCAAAAUGUUACAUAAUCAUACUUAGACCAGAAAUUAACACAAAAGGACAUUUGCUUGGAAGCAGAACUAAAACGAUUGCCAUUUAAUUACUUUAGUUCUAUAGUUUGCUUUUUUAGUUUUUAGUUUUUUUUCUUUUAUCAAGUUAAAUUAAACGUCUAGCUCACUGCCUUAAUUUGCAUAU